GGAAGAAGAGAGAAGAGAGGGAGAAAAGGAGAAGAGGAUUAAAUUUAAAGACAGAGAAAAUGAAGAGAAGAGCAAGGAAAAUAGACAGAGAAAAAGAGAAAGAGAAGAGGAAUAAGAAGGCGUCAAAAACCUUUUUUUGUUGAAAAUGUUUUACUUCUCAAGAAGUAACCCGCCUUUGGCCGUCUCUUAAGGCGUUUUGCUUUUCCUCUUAAAAUGCCUUACUUCAACCCAUCUAAUGCAUGGAUGCAUUUUAUCAUCAUCAUUAUCAUCAGUACCUAGUGAGAAUCUCGGAAAAGGAAAAACCUGUUUCACUGUUGUGUGACUCAAAUGAAAAUGAAAAUAUCCGAGUCAUCAUCGCCAUCAUCUCCGUCACCAUCACCAUCACCAUCAACAACAAUAUACACAGUGAAUAUAAAGGAGGAACCAUUGGACUCUUCUAUGCCUCCGCUUGCUUCACCCGCCACAGUGGUUAACGUAGCCACUUGCAAUAACAAUUCAGCAUCGAAAACUCGUGAGCUUGAACCUUCCCCACCGGCCACUGUCAUUUCACUGGCGCCCGCUCAACCCUAUCCUGGAACACAAUUAACUUUUGCUGCUCCAGCGUAUGAUAUUGAACCGAAUGGUGCUUACACUGUUCAAGUGUCAGAUGUUGCCUCACAAUAUGCCACAGUAGCUCAAGGAACAGCAGGUCGUGUCGCUAAUAAUGGAACCGUUUACCUGACAACAGAUUAUAUAACUUAUAGUGAUUAUUACCCUGCCAUUACUACUGCUGGUGUGACUGGAUCAGGUUCAACAACAAACCAUGAUCAGGCACUUUUACCUGUUUCCGGUUCAACGGUAGAUCAUUCAACAACCAUAACGGUUACCUCACCCAACCUAACAUCACCCGUCUCUGGGACUGGAGAGUCAAAUUCAAACUCAUCAACACCAUCAACUGUAGGAAACGGAGGAAGCAAAGCUUCCGGCGGAAAGCGAUCAUGGAAUGAAUAUAACCGAAACUCUGAAGUAGAUAAAGUGCAAAUACCAAAAAUAUUCUCGGAUGUCGGUUAUAAAUAUUAUCUAGAAUCUCCCAUUUCGACAAGCCAAAGAAGAGAAGACGAUAGGAUAACUUAUAUCAAUAAAGGUCAAUUUUAUGGAAUAACUUUAGAGUAUAUACCUGAUGCAGGUAAUCCUUUAAAAAGUGCCACUGUUAAGUCUCUGGUAUUGUUGGUAUUCAGGGAGGAAAAGUUACAUGAAGAUGAGAUUAAAGCAUGGCAAUUCUGGCAUAGUCGACAACAUUCAGUGAAACAACGAAUUCUUGAUGCCGAUACUAAAAAUUCAUCUGGAAUCAUAGGUCCAAUUGAAGAGGUUACACACAAUUCAAUUGCUUUUUAUUGGAAUCCUUUAGAAGGUCCAGCAAAGAUUAACGUUGCUGUUCAAUGUUUGAGCACUGAUUUCAGCAAUCAAAAGGGUGUCAAGGGUUUACCUUUACAUCUACAAAUUGAUACUUUUGAUGAUUUCCGAGACGGUAGUUUACCUAUUCAUCGAGGUUAUUGUCAAAUUAAAGUCUUCUGUGAUAAGGGUGCAGAAAGAAAGACUCGAGAUGAGGAAAGAAGAGCUGCCAAACGUAAACUAACUGCAACUGGAAAUCAAUCCUAUUUAGAUGGGCGCAAAAAGAUCGAGGAAAUGUACCAUCCACCAUGUGAUAGGUCAGAAUUUUAUACAAUGUCUGAUCGAACCAAACCUCCUGUCUUGUUUACACCAAGUGAGGAUCUUGAUAAGAUAACCACAGGCGAUAUGAGCUUUUACUCAAGCCAACAUUCAACUGGAGACUUGAACACUGCAGGAUAUGAUUCACCUACCCAUUUACCCAUCAUAACUCCACCAGGAUCCUCUGGAACAGCUUCACCAGGAAUAAUUGACAAAAGAAAACGAAGUGCCGAUCCUAUUUCCGCCAAUCUGGAAAUGGUUGUAACUCAGCCUCCACCUAAAAGGGACAAAGUUUAUCCUCCAGAUCGAUUGUUGCUAUAUGCUAAACAGGAAAACGAAGAAAUAUUCCAUCCAUUGCACAUUGUCCCUCCAACACUGGUCGGUUUAGCGUUAUCUAUUCAGAAAAAGUACAAAUUGGAAGCUAAGAAUAUAAGACAUUUCUAUAAAAGAUGUUUGAAAGGAAUUACCCUGCUAAUGGACGAUGAACUGGUUAAAUUAUACUGUAACGAGGACACCGUAUUGUUACAAGUGCACCAAGUAGACGAGCAGACUCAUGAUAUAACUCUAGUGGAGUAUGAUAGUUCAACCAAUGCCUAACCAAUGCUUGAUCAACUCAACUCAUGCGCAACUAAAAACAAAAGAAACAUGUUAAACAUUAAAAGCACAUAAACAAAACUACUCGGGCUAAAAAGACGGGCUAAGAAAACACGGGAUCAAUCUUUUUACUCAUGUUGGAAACAAAUUAUCAGAUAAUAUACAACACAAAUUAACAUCAACUUAAUAUUCAUCAUGAUCAUCACUACCAUUGUCAUCAAUAUUUCACCAUCACUUGACCAUCUCAUUCACCCAAAAUCAACUUUAUCCUUUUUUUUGUGUCUACAACAAAACAAAUUGAAUCUCCUUUAUAAUCAACAUAUGUCUUCCUCUAAUCAUUUUUCCCUCUAAUCAUCAUUAUACCAUUUUCAUCUUCAUGUUCAUGUUCACUAUUAUUACCAUCAUCGCCAAUCGACUUUUUUGUCUCCCUUUACAUCACCUCUUCAUGAUCCUUAAGCAAUUAAUAGUAAUGUCCACCUUUUGUCCUCUUUUUUUCCUAUGACAAGAAUGUAUUAACGAAAUUAUUUUGCAUUUUUGGUUAGCAAAUUCCGUCCUCUUUUUUUGUCUAAAUCAACUCUUUCAUGAAAGACCACAUUUGGAAGAACAAAUUUCCGAAGGAAAGGAAAGGCCUUUUCCACCUUCUGACCAGAAUCCAUUGAAAUAAAACACAAGCUUGCCUUAAUCUUGAGACCUUUGAGAUUCCUUGAAAACCAACUCCAUUGAAAUACUUAAGGACUUUGCUACUCAAAUGCAAAAUUUUUACACUUAUUUUCCAUGCAACUCAUUUACUGAGUUUUCUUUAUCUUUUUUUUCUUCUCUCGAUUAUAUUUAUACCUUUAACUGAAAAAUGUGUCAUCCUGAUAAAAAAGCUGAAAAUCUGGUUUACUAUUAUAAAGAGAAAUGAUAUUUUGUAUUUCAUUUGUCAGAUACACAAACAUGUAAAAACAAAGCAACGAUCAGUAAUCGAUUCUAAUCAAAUGAAACUGAAAGGUUUUCCUCGUCAGAUUUAAAUUGAAAAGUAAUUAAUUAAUUAUUAUAUUUUGUAUGUAAUAUGAACUUAUUUCUAUUUUUUUCCUCAAUCUCUAAUUUUGUCCAAUUCCUUGAGAUAAAAGCUCAUCUUUUUUGUACUCUCUUGUCCUCCCAUCUCUUCCCAACUCUUGCCUACUAAGUGUUUAAAUUAAUUACUGUUGGAUUCCCAAACCAAUUACACUUUGUACGUCUUAACAAUUACAAUUGUGACCCUUUAAUACCGUUAAAACCGUUAAUAAUGAUAAUAAGCAUAAAAGGCCGGAAGAGCAACAAAAAAAAUGAUUCAACCCAAUGGAAACAAAUGACCGGUGGAAACAUCAGUUUUGUUACUUACAUUUUGUUCCCUCAUUAAACUAAAUUAAUCAUAUUGUAAAUGUGCGCAAAGAUGAAUUAAUGAUAAAAAAGCGUAAGACUAAAGAGAUUCACUGAUUGAUUCACUUUCUCAUGCUAAUUAUAUUAACUAUCUUUAGGUGCUGGGAAUCAAGUGCAUCUUCAAUUCACCAAUUGAAUCAAUAAUUAAAAUACAAUGUCCAUAUAACCUGACUUUUUUCCUCGACAAUUAUAAUUAUUAAUAAAACCACUUCUAUUACCAUUA